AUACGACCAGCGACACACAAAGCCGCAGACGUGUCCAUGGCUUUGGAUCGCGUUCUGUGGAGAUGGAGCCUGGUGUGGAUCUCUUUGCUGCCGGAGAUAGGUGGAAAUGGAAAUCCAUACUGUUGGUCAGGCAGCUUCACAUACGAGCUUUGCUGUGAUCCGAUGAAGGGUCCUCAGGGCGAAGCAGAAUGCUGGGAUGCCUGGUGUAUCGCGACCAUCAACAGGUGUUGUGUCUUUUUCGGUGUGUCCUUUUUCUCCGAACGGGUUCGGUUCCAAUCCCCCUUUUUUUGCUCCUUAUACUCUGUGCCAAAUGAAUGAUUCGAGCUGUGGAGCUGUGGGUCCCAACCAAGUGGAGCUUGGUGAAAACAAACCUGCACGCGCACCGCACCCGCCACCCGCCACCCGCUUGUCCCGCCACACAACUUGUCCCUUUUCGUCUGACGAAGUCCAAGGAUGAGACCUUCACCUAUGCCUUUUGCUGCAAUGAGACCGUCACCAACCACGGCACAGAGUCCGCAGAGUCCAUGGAGCCCACGGAGCCCAAAACGGGCGUGGGCAAAUAUGUGCGGUUCCACCAGAAUCAUGGCUUCCACUUGGAGAGUGCGGUGAUUACCGAGCGCCAGGAGAGUUUGAAGAAGGGCAUCUCUUCAUGCCAAGCUCGCUGGGGAUGGGAUUUGAAUAUCCAGUGGGGCCCGCCCAUUGGUGUGUAUGCCGAGUUUUCUGGUGUGCCCUUAAGGCACCUGGGACAUGGUUGGGAUGGUCAACAACAUGGCGAUUUCCCUGGCUGCAUUGCCUUCAAUGGACGAUUCUUCUUGGUUCAACUGGGCUUUGAAACCCAGAGCUGGGAAGGAGAGGUCUCCACUCAUCGUCUUCACUUUGGCUUCUGCGCGCCUUCGAUCUGCUCGGUGAAGGAAGUGGUCGAUGAGCUGGCGCCCCGCUAUGCGUUGCAGGUGGCCAACGCACGGCGGCUCAUGAUGAGAAUCCGCUCAGUCGAUGCUUGGGAGUGGCCACACUUCCUGGAUGCGGUCUAUGCAGAUGCAGAUGCCACACUUGCAGAGCGGAUGCAAGAAGUGUCUCUUCAAAUUAAAGUUUGCUGCAUUGCCAUCAUCUCCUUCCUUUCUCUUGGAACCAUGGCUGAUCACUUUUGCUUCGACCAAGUACCUCGACCAGCGCAGAAAAGUUGCUUUGCACAUUGGGCACAGUCCUUUUCCUUGAAGCGCUCCUGGGCCGAGUUAUGGCAGCCGAAGGCCGCAGGUUUAGGCGUGGACCUCUUGCGAACGUUGGCCACUCUCUUUCUCCUUUGCCUUCACCUGGAGCUAUCGCAAAUUGCCCAACGAACGGAGAAACUGGUUCCUUCCAAUCUGCGGAUCUCCUUUUACUUUCGCGCUGUGCUGGUGAUGACGGUGCUCACCUUGCACUUCGCACUGGAAAGUGGCAGCACGGGCUUGAAGGAGAAGAGCUUCUGGGAAAUCUCACAGAAGUGUAAUCUGAAACUGGCUCGGAAGUUUCUGCGGCAGUGGCCUUUGAUCAUCCUCUCCGUCUGGUGGGACCGCGUUGGGAGCCGAUUUGCCUUCCAGAGCAAGCCACUGUCGUAUUUGGAUGGAACCCAGAGCCAGGUAGAAGGAUCGGUCUUGCAGUGGAACACCCAGCAGGACAUCUACGGAUGCCGACGAUCUUUUUGGACGUGCGCCUUGCGGUUUCACACCAUCAACUGGCAAGUGAGGGACGCCACGGAACGCAUUCUGGCCUGUUUUGGCUUUCUGCUCCUCCAGGCGAUGGGCUUGAAUUACGCCGGUGUCCUGGAGCUUCUUCUUUGUGUCUUUGGGCUGGCGUACUUUUAUAUCGACUACUUUCACGAGCAGAUGCGCUGGGACUUCACGGAGCAGCACUACAUGUUGGCCAAGAGAUUGGAGAAUCCCGCGUUCUUAGGACUCUUCCUCUUCUUCCGAAGGCUCGUUCAUCUCAUCCCCAAGCGUUUCUUGACGCAACGCGUGGGUUGGCUGGCAGCUGGAUUGGGCUGGCUCUGGUCGAGCUGGAUCAAUCGCAAUGAUUAUGCACUUUGGUGUCAGGAGCGAAAUGUGAAGGAUGCGGUGGGCGACUUGCCGUUUGUGCUGGGCCUUUGCGUUCUCUUGAGGGCGGAUACAUUGGAGCUCUUAGACCUGGAUGCGCCUCAAAACAGGCGUCACAUGACGGGAAGCUUCACGUGCAGUAUGAUCAGCUUGAUUUCUCGCUUGAGCUUCUGCAUCUUAGCGGUUGAAGCACCACUACAAACCUUUCUGGUGGAAGGCUACUCUCAAAGAGGUCAGAUUCUCAUGCGUGGGGACCGCGUGGAUCCUUUCUACGAGCAACUCUUGCUGGGUCCAGGGCUGAUUUUGGCGCAUGCGCUUUGCGCCUUGGUGCUCUUUGUCGCAGUGCAACGGCCCAUCGAGGCCUUGAUGGCACCCAUCUUUGCCAAAGAUCAGUCUCACUGGCCCGUCCGCUGGGCCAAUCUGGGCUACCUGACGCUGGCACGACUGGUCCCCCCAGGCGGGUUGAGCUGCUCCUACCCCUUCGUGAGCUGUUCGCAGCCGGGGGAUCAGGCCCACCGCUGCUUCGGAGAGGCAAAGGACUUCAUCGUCUCCGUACCCUUGUUAGGCUCACUGCCACAGCAGUUGGCCCAAGGCAUCUUAGAUCGCUUCCUGCUGGAAGCCCUGGGCACUCUCGGGGACCCGGUGCGGGGACCCGGUUGCCACGGUUGGCCAAGAACAACAGCUUGGAAUCGGGCAAAAGACAGGAAGGCAGAAGAUGAGAAGAUGGCAGAAAUAGCUAUAUAA